AUGACGUCACCAAAAACAAAGUGGGCGACUCACCGAGGCCGACUGGGUCACCAUGAGGGGGAGGAGGUGGUGGCGGAGAUCUUUGAUGUCUUGAUGGCCCGAGUGAUGGAGGAGUGUUACAGAGCCUACCUAAAGAAGCAACUGAUACCCUUCACGGUGAUGCAGGCAAGAGAUGCAAUGGUUCAGAUUGUGGAGUGGCGCUUCCUGGCCCGAGAUAAGGGAGAAGUGUCUGUGCAGUGCGACCCCACCUUGGAGGAAGAUGAGGAGCCCUCGCUGUGUGGCACAGAUUCCUGGGCACAGGGGUCCGUUCCUGUUGUGCACACAGGACUGACACCACGUGGGACAGACAAACAGAAGCUGGCUGAGCUUCCUGCUAAAGAGAACACAGAACCUAUGGCACACCAGCCAGAAACUGACACACAGCAGGGACAGAGUAAAUCCAUACAGAAAGAAAUCGAGAAUUCGGAUCUGACACCAAGAAAACAGACCCCUGAGAUCAAAAGGGAGAAAAAAGAACCACCUGUACCCAAAAAAACAAAUCUCUCCCAUAACCCCACUCCCCCUCCCAAAGAGCAGAAGGCAAAAAGGCAGUACAAGCCCCACCGUGGGGCUCUGCUGUCGGCCGACAUGCAUAACUUCACCAAACCUCUGGAGCACUCUGAGAGGGAUCUGCUGAUCCAGCGAUCACCUACGAUCACCUACGAUGAGUCCGGCAACAUCACCGCAGUGCGCAGGCUGGAGCCGGCACGGCUACCCAGGCCCCUUGUGAGGCCGAGGGUCGAGCUGGUGGACACUGAGGUGGAGGCCGAGCAAAUAAGGCUAGCAGCUAUCAAAGCUGGGUGGGGUGCGCUGUGCAGGACCGUUCGGGGGAAAGACAAAUCCGAGGCACAGAGAGCCAGAGAAGCUGGGGCGCGACCAGAUCGGACAGUGACCAAAAGCACCAGAAAGCAAAUUUCCCUCUGUGGGUUGGCUGAGCCCCAGGCCUCUAAGUCUUUAUACAAGGAGGAACGGCAGGUUCCACAUGGCCACUUGUCCACAAUGGCCAGUCUGCUCUUAGAGAGCAUGGAGCUGUCCCCGGGAGUGGUGCUUCGAGAGCCCAGUGGUGCCAGACGAGGUUCGUGGAAAGGGUCCACACAGGAAGGCAGAGACUACCAAGCAAAUGCUCUGAGGCCCAUCCUCCCCAGUGUGCCUCGACCCUUAAUCUCUGUGGACCAGCUGUUGGAAGGCCACAGUCUUCAAGUGAUCCACACUGUCCCUCGUCAUUCACUUCAGACACCACUCGUGGGGCGCUAG